AUGGCAAGUUUGAACUGGACUUAUCAAGGCAACAAUGGACCUGACCAUUGGCACAAGUUAUACCCUAUUGCCAACGGAGACCGUCAAUCUCCUAUUGAUAUUAAAACCAAGGAAGUCAGAAAAGAUGCAUCUCUGGAGCUUCUCCAGGUAAUUUGGAAACCUUCCACAUGCAAAGAGAUUGUCAAUGAUGUUGGACAUUCAUUCCAUGUGAAUUUUGAGGAUAAGGACAAUCAAUCAGUGCUGACCGGCGGACCUCUCACUGGAACGUAUAGAUUGCGGCAGUUUCAUUUCCAUUGGGGCCAAACCGAUGAGCAAGGCUCAGAGCACACAGUGGAUGGAACGAAAUAUGCCUCAGAGCUUCAUCUUGUUCACUGGAAUGUGGACAAGUAUUCAAAUGGAGCUGAGGCUUUCGACAAGCCGGAUGGCUUGGCGAUUGUCACUGUUUUCCUGAAGCUUGGCUUAUGCAAUGAAAACCUGAAAGGUGUCUUGAAGGCCUUGGAUUCAGUAAAGACUAAGGGUAAGCAAGCUCCUUUUUCUGAUUUUGAUCCUUCAAGCCUACUGCCUAAAUCCAUGGAUUACUGGACCUACAAUGGCUCUCUGACUCAUCCUCCCCUCCAUGACAGUGUCAUCUGGAUUAUCCUUAAAGAGCCAAUUACUAUCAGCUCAGAGCAGCUGGCUCAGUUCCGCACAAUCCUGUCUUCUGCUGAAGGGGAAGCACCUUGUCCCAUACUGAGCAAUUACUGGCAACCCCAACCGCUGAAAGGCAGAGUGGUGAAAGACUAA